AUGGAUAAGGGCGUGACUUGUGAGCAUCUUAAUAAACUUGUUGACGUUCUUGGAAAAGAAUUAUGGCAAUCAAAAGAGAACCUCACAUGUUUCGACUGUGCUUGCCCUGGACCCAAUCUCUGGAUCUGCCUGCAACCUGAUUGUCACCACAUUGGCUGCUCUGAGGUGAAGAAUGAUCACAGCACAAUACACCAAAAGAACUACCCGGCGCACUGCGUUCACAUGAACGUGUCAACGGAAAGGAUAUGGUGCUAUUUGUGCGAAAAAGAGGUGCACAUCCGAGCGGCAGUGGCGCAGGCAAACAUGGCUCCGGACUCCACGCAAAUUGAAAGCGACUCGGUGGGCGCAAGACUUGCCAAUUUCGGGAUUAACGUUACGCCCGACGAGGAGUUUGAAGCUGACGAAAUGGAUUACGAAGUCGAGACGCGGCCCAGAGGCCUCGUGGGUCUACAGAACAUGGGCAACACGUGCUACAUGAACGCGGCGCUCCAGGCGCUGAGCAACACUCAGCCCUUCACGUCGUACUUCCUAGAGUGUGCCGCUGCCGUGGCGGUACUCGCUGGCGACAAGAAGCCAGGACUAAGCAGAGCAUACCAAAAAUUAAUUAAAGAAAUGUGGAGUAAGAAGACUAGAGGCUACCUCGUACCUAGUGGUAUAUUAUAUGGUAUACGUAACGUAUACCCAAUGUUUCGUGGGUAUCACCAGCACGAUACCCAGGAAUUCCUAAGGUGUUUCAUGGACCAGCUGCACGAAGAGUUGAAGGAACCGGUGUGGGAUACCACUUCGGAGGACAAGUUGGGUUCAGAAGCCGAUGGCGAUAAGGAGAGUAGGAACGUUCACAUACGGCGGCGCGCCGCUUCCUCUGGUGCUAGCGACGCGCCGUACUUCGCGCGGAUGCGACGGAAAUCGCCGGCCGCCUCCUCUUACAACGAAUCGAGGGCCGACGGCUACUUCAGGGUGCAGGAGGGCGGGGCGAGCCCUGCCGGGGGGCGGCACCGGCGCUCGGCCAGCUUCGCAGGGACCCACCACCUCGCCUACAACCUCGGCCAGGCGAACGGUGAACGUGCUGAUUCGACGCAGCGCGACGUAGGCUCCGAGUCGGAGCUGUCCUGCUCCAGCGAAGCCGAGGAGAGAUACGAGACCUGUUCCAGUGGGGCGAGCGACGCGCCGGACCCACGAUUGGAGCCCGCCGAGAGCAAGCCGGCGUGCGGGGGAGGGGACGGCGGCUGCGGGGGGGCGCGCUACAGGAGCAUCGUCUCCGACGUGUUCGACGGGAAGCUGCUCUCGUCGGUGCAGUGCCUCAUCUGCGACCGCGUUUCGACACGGGUGGAAACAUUCCAGGACCUCUCUCUGCCGAUUCCGUCGCGAGAGCACCUGGCGGUUCUGCGAUGUCAGCAGCCACUGCUCAAUCAUCACACCCCACACGGAACCCAGGAGUCAUGGGUGUGGUGGCUGCUCAGCUGGCUUAGGUCGUGGUUCUACGGGCCAGUUGUCUCACUUCAGGACUGUCUCGCCGCCUUCUUCAGUGCGGAUGAGCUCAAAGGCGACAAUAUGUAUAGCUGCUCCCGCUGCAACAAGCUGCGCAACGGCGUGAAGAUGUCGGGCGUGGUGCGGCUGCCGGAGGUGCUGUGCGUGCACCUGAAGCGGUUCCGCCACGAGCUCAUGUUCAGCGCGAAGGUGGCGGCGCGCGUCUCCUUCCCCGUCCACGACCUCAACAUGGCGCCGUACACGCACAAAGAGUGCACGUCGCGCGUGACGCGGUACGCGCUGUGCGCGGUGAUCUGCCACGCGGGCACGGCGGGCGGCGGGCACUACACGUGCGUGGCGCGCUCGCCCGCCGGCGCCGGCUGGCACGCGUUCGACGACGCGGCCGUCGCGCCCGUGCCCGCCCACCACCUCGCCGCCUGCGAGGCGUACGUGCUCUUCUACAGAAAAGUCAAUCCCCAGAUGACGGUGCUGCGACAAAAAGCGGCGGAAAUUUUGGAGUCGACGAAUGUGGAGCCCAACGACAUCAAGUUUUACAUCUCCAAACAAUGGAUCAAUAAGUUCAACACGUGGGCGGAGCCGGGGCCCAUAGACAACGGCGACUUUGUGUGCGUGCACGGCGGCAUCCGGCCCGAGAGGGGCGCGCAGUUGCACGCGCUAGCAGCGGUGCUGCCACAGCCGCUGUGGCAGUUCUUGCACCGCCAGUUCGGCGGCGGGCCGGCGGUGUCGCACGCGCACGAGUGCGGCGUGUGCGCGCGCGCCCAGCAGCGGCUACGGGUGAGGCGGGCGCGGGAGCUGGCCGCCUUCGCCGAUCUCCACGCGCUGUUCCAGGAGCAGGAGCACCCGCGCGCCAUCUACGCGAUCAGCAUGCAGUGGUUCCGGCUGUGGCAGGGCUUCGUGCGCAGCAGGGCGCCGCAGCCGCCGCCGCCGCCGCCCGUCGACAACGCGCCCAUCGUGCUGGCGCAGGAAAUCGACGGAGUGACGACGUACUCGCUUAAGCCCGGUUCGGACCACGCGCAGCUGAGCGAGGAGCUGUGGCGCUUCUUCACGGGCAUCUACGGGGGCGGGCCGGAGGUGAGGCUGCGCUCGCCCGCGCCGCUCCAGAGCGCGCCAUACGCCAACGACGCGAGGGCCCAGCAGCAGAGGGAACCGUCCGCGCGCCGCCUAUCGCGCAAGUACUCAGAGUCCGACCGCGAGGAGUACUGCAGCAAAUCCACCUCGGAGAUGAACCUGCGCGACCCCGCGCACGGCGAGCUGCAGAAGAACCAGUCGCUGCAGAACAUCAGCCGGCGGUGCGGGCCCGCCGCGGACUCCGACGAGGAGCUGCUCUACCGCGCCCUGCAGUACAGACGGCACGAGCCCAACGGCAACUACCAGGACUCGGACGACGACAUGGAACCGCCGCGCAACCACACGAACACCAUCCGAAUGGAGAACGGCGUGGACAGCUCCGACCACGACGCCAACGACAACCCCGUGCAGCGGAAAAAGCGCUCGGAGCGCGCGGACGCUGAGCAAACGAGUCUGGACGGCUCGACGCUGAAGGGCAAGCCCUCGAAGCAGGGCAAGGUGAGGAAGAUCAAGCGGCGGACGGCGAAA